AUGCGAGCAGCCGUGUCAGAGCCCCCAAAGGUGGUCGAGGAUGGCGACCAUGGUGUUGCUGCUGAGGGUCUCGGGGAUGAAGAACACUCGUCCAAACCACCACCUCGUAAGCGCAGACGCAUUGUCAUCUCCUGCAUAGAAUGCCACAGGCGAAAACAGAAGUGCGAUCGAAAGCUGCCGUGCACGAAUUGUACGCAGCGUGGAAAGGUUUCAGCCUGCCGUUACGAGACGGGCACGCCUCUUGCAAGCACCCGCAAAGGCUCGUCCCGGUCUGGUCGUGAGCGCUCGCCUGAGCCUGUAGAGAAAAUGCCCAUCAAAGCAGCUGACUUCGGGUAUUCUCACGCCGGGACGACGCCCUCGACCUUGGGAUUCUUAAAGAAGAUUGAGGGCGUUGGACAGCCGUUGGCUGACGUUGCCGCUGAGGCGCAGGAGUCUGAUCACUUUGGUACCAGGGAACGAUACAAAAGUCUCAUUCGACAUUUGCCGGCCAGGACAUUCGUGGAAAGGCUGGUGGACGUCUAUUUUUAUGAAUUCAACUGGCAGUACUACGGCAUUGAUGAGCCGGUAUUUCGGGACUACUUGGACCAGUGGUACAAUUUGCCCUUCAACUUGUUAUCUUCAGCUGGACCGCAGGGAAUCGAACCGACACUAAGGUCUUUCCCUGCGUUGUUAUUUCAGGUUCUGGCGACGGGGCUGGUGGGUUCUACCGAUGAAGACGAUGAGAGAUUCGCCUCGUUAAAAUAUGCGGGAAAUAUGACUUUCGAGGACCUGGCACUCGAGUACAGUGAGACAGGCGUAUCACUACUUUCGCUUCUGGGGAAGCGACAGAUGUCAAUGACGACGGUCCUCGCGGGAUGGGUUCGAGCUGCUUUCCUCAAAUAUACUGGACAAGUCACAGAAGCCUGGCAUCAAGUGGGGACAGCCAUAAGGGAUGCGCAAGAAAUCGGGCUUCAUUGUGAUGAUUUCGAUCCGAAACCCAAUCCUAACGACCCGGCAGAAACGACGCUGGAAAACAUGUGGAACGCGCAGAGUCGAAGAAGGCUCUGGUACACUUUGGUCGGGUGUGAUCUUCAUACGGGAGCCGUCUUGGGGAGGCCCACGAGCGUGGACUACCGGACCUUGGAGAGAAUUGCCCCAGUAGACGCACCCAUACCGAAGGACAGAAAGAAGACGCCAGUUUUUCCACGGGGCGAGAGCGAUCCUCCAACCCCGCUGACUAGGGCAUUGUGGGCGUUUGAGGCGAUGAAGCCACUCAGGGAGAUCCUGGACUUGGAGAAAGAAGGCCCAUUCCCAAAGGAUUUCUCCGAGGUUGAAAAGAUUCAUCAAGAUUUACUAGCUCUGAAAGCACGCACACCUCCAUGCUUCCGCCUCGAAAAUCCUGACACUCGCUUCGACCAUCUCCCCGAAUGCUGGUGGUUGCCAUACGUUCGGACCAGCUUGCCCCAGCUCACUGCCUUCAACUUAAUGGCCCUACACCGACCAUACAUAUUCACCCACGCCAAGAGCAGGGAAGAGGCGCUCAAAGCCAGCCUCGAUAUGCUCGAGGCGCACCGCGUCCAUUUCGCCGUGCUAAAGCCUAAUCAGUACAAGACCUUCAACUUGUUCUUUGGAACCUUCGAUGCAGUUGUCAUGAUUGCGAGUAUCUUCAUCUUGUUCCCGAAGGAACAUCAGGAGUUCCUAGAUAGUGCUCUUCAGCACUUCCAGUGGGCUGUGGAGAGAUUCGAGACCAUGGCUGCCCGCAACAGGCUCGCGCAUGCGGCACUUGGCGUCUUGCACGCGGUCUGGAUCCGACUGAAGAAGGCCGUUGGACACGGAUUCUUAGACAAAAAGGGCGCCGAUUUUGUGCGCGAAAGGGGGAAGUUGGUCAACUGUACGACGGGAGAAAAUGGGAUUACUCCCAAUAGAACCGAUAACACAACACCCGCAACUGACAGUUCCGCCUCAAAUCAACACACCAUGGCAUCAGAAUCGGAAUCGUCUAUGCUGCAGUCGUCCGAGCCGACAAGUGCAAUAGCAUCUAGCGGGACUGGCCUCACUCCAACGCCCGACAUUUUCAAUCAGGCUGCCUGGCCUUUCCCGGCGGACUUUGAUUUCAGUUCCCUGCCUCCGAUGUAUCCUAUGGGCGAUGUUGUGUACAACGAUCUGACCGGCAUCAGUGAUGAAGGAUUAUCGGCGCCAAACAUCUGGUCAGGCAUGGCAACUCUUGAUGAUGCAGGAAAUCCGGGAUUGCAGGUGGGCGCAACAGCGGGGACCGUGGACAGUAACCAAGCGUGGCAGUUUGGUGGCGACUUCGGAAACGAUACGAUUUGGAGUCUGUUGAACCAGUUUCCGCCAUACUGA